AUGUCUUUGAAACAAAGAAUUACUGGAGCAGUUGCUGUUUUACGAGGCGCACCUAUUCCAGAACCGCAACAAAAUGUUGAAGCUGGGGAGAAAGAAAAAAAUCCUGAUUCGGAUGAACCAAAAUCCAAUAAGUGCCAAGCAUUAAAAAAAUGGUUUUCAAUGAAUUUAUUGCUGGUGCUAACAGUAAUUGGAGUUUUUAGCGGGCUGGGACUAGGAUUUCUCGGUCGUCUAGCCGAUUUAUCACCAGACACAAUAAUGCUUGUAAAUUACCCUGGAGAAAUCUUGAUGCGUCUGCUAAAAAUGUUCAUUUUGCCACUGAUUAUUUCUUCAUUAAUUACCGGAAUGGCUCACAUGGAUCCUAGGAGUUCUGGACGAAUGGGCUACAGAGCGCUGACUUAUUACACAGUGACGACAUUAUUAGCAGCUAUAGUUGGUAUCGCCGUGGUCCUUGCAAUUCACCCUGGAGACCCACUGAUAAAAAAUUCCGUAUCGACAACCUCUGCUUUUUCGGAUGCUUCUAAAGUUUCAACUCUAGACGCUCUUUUAGAUAUUGGACGAAACAUGGUCCCAGAAAAUUUAAUCCAAGCGAGUUUCCAACAAGCCCAGACUACGUAUGUAAAGAAACCAGUGAUCGUAGUCUUCGGUCGAACGAACAACAGCGAAACUGUAAUCGAACGGACACUAAUUUACAAAGACGGUACCAAUGUUUUGGGGAUGAUUGUCUUCUGCAUAACUUUUGGUGUCUUAGUAGGCCAACUGGGGCCCAAAGCCCAGAUUAUGGUUGACUUUUUUGGCGCGCUAAAUGAGAUAAUCAUGAAGAUCGUUCAUCUUGUUAUAAUUUGGUACUCGCCUUUCGGAAUAAUGUGUCUGAUAGCCGGCAAAGUGAUGUCUAUAGACAACAUAGUAUCCACUGCCCAAAUGCUGGGAUUCUACAUGAUCACUGUCGCAAUCGGUUUGUCAAUUCACGGUCUCAUUACUCUACCGCUAAUUUUCUGGGUCAUUACAAGAAGAAAUCCAGCGACUUACUUCAAGGGAAUGAUCCAAGCUUGGAUUACUGCUGCCGCGACUGCUUCUAGUGCAGCUGCAUUGCCAAUAACAUUCAGAUGUCUGGAAGAAAAUAAUAAAAUAGACGCUCGCGUUACACGAUUCGUUGUUUCUGUGGGAGCUACCGUAAACAUGGACGGCACGGCAUUGUACGAAGCGAUUGCUGCUAUUUUUAUUGCCCAGUUGAACGGAAUUUCUCUGAGUUUUGGCGAUAUUAUCACCGUUAGUUUCACCGCUACGCUGGCGAGUGUUGGAGCUGCUAGUAUUCCAAGUUCUGCUCUAGUGACCAUGUUGCUGGUAUUAGGAGCACUUGGACUCCCGACAAAUGAUGUGUCUCUUCUAUUUGCUGUCGAUUGGUUGCUAGACCGACUGAGGACCUCGGUAAAUGUCCUCGGGGACGGAUUCGGCGCGGGGAUAGUUUAUCACUUGAGCAAAGACGAGCUUGAUCUAGUGGACCAGGCUAAAAAAAUAGACACCAUAGAACUAGGCGACCCGGAAGCUGAAAAUUCAGGUGUAAAUCAAGUUGCUGAAGUUUCAGAAACAAAAAUUUAA